GGCCAGAACUCCGCGUGCGCCGCGCGCGGCUUCUCCUCCCACUCCCGUCGUCAGAGCCGGACCUGCUAGCGCGCUGGUUAGCAUGCUAGCUGCAUUCAGCUAUGGCAGCGGGGUGGCUGAAGAUCACAGGAAAGAGGAUGAUACAGCAAACCCUGAACUGAAGCGGCUGCGCGAUGGAUUUAACUGUCCGACAAGCAAACGAAGAGCAUUAACAACAGGGCGUGGAUUUUAACGCACUCGCUGGAUUAACCGCGUUGCUAUUUUAACCAAACAGUUAAAGAAGCAGGAAUGCAGUGCGGCUGAAGCGCGUCUGCCCAGCGCGAUGGAGGUGAUGUCGUAUGACAACUGUUUGUAUUGAAUCAUCUUGCUAGCCAAAUACCGGCGUGGUGUGAUAUCAGAUGUCAGUCUCGGAACUGGAUCUGUUGCAGUUCAUAUUCACAUAUGAACGUGUGUCGUGGGUAGAUGUUUAGUCGGGCUUUGCAGUCGCACGCAGUUUUGUGUGUUUCAGACUUGUCAUUUAGCCAGCAAGCUAGCAGUCGCUAGCCUUGCCAAGCUAUUUUAGCUUGUAGCUAACAAGCUGGUUGAUACUCAGCCGCUAGCCGCCUGUACCCAAGCUAUUUCAUGUACGCAGGAGCCUUUUGCUAAACCUUACUACACGUCACUUUCCGAGUCGUGGGCUAUCGCCGUGCCUUGUGGACGUUCUCGGCGCACUCGGGCUUGUUCUGUGACUCUUUAAAUGGGGGCUAUACAGUUUACUAGGUCCUGCUAACGACGUCAUUGCAUAGGCAGUAGCUUGUAAGCUAGCUAAGACUUUAUAGUCUCGACAGAGCAGAGAGAGCUACGCUCGCCUCUCCCCGCUCAGUGAAGCCUCAAUCAGAAAUUUAAAAAUGCAUCACUCGGACUCAACAGGGGAUUCUCCCGGGACUAGGAAGAUGGCGCACGCAGCAGUUUUCAGCAGCCGUAGGGGCAGCAACACGGGAAGUGGUGGCACCUCUUCCUCGUCUAACGCGGCCAGCGUGAACUGUAAUGCUCUUCCGACCGAUGACCACCAGACAUCACUAAUUAUGCACCAUACGCCUCCGGCUGGAUCGUCCUCGCCCGGCCUCCACCACCCUCCUCCCCCCCACAGCCUUAACAUACAUGGCCAGUCUCAGUCUCUCCAAAGCGCCGGGGCCCAGGUGAAGAAAAAGAGUGGUUUCCAGAUUACAAGCGUCCUGCCGGCGCAGGUUAGUGCUAGUACUAACAACAGUAUAGCAGAUGAUACAGAGAGCUAUGAUGAUAUGGAUGAGUCACAUACCGAGGACCUGUCUUCAUCUGACAUCCUUGAUGUAUCUGUGUCACGGGCCACUGAUACAGGGGUUCCUGAAAGAAGUUCUUCAGAAGAAACACUGAAUAGCUUACAUGGCGGAGAGACUCCAGGAGUUGUGUCGCCCAAUGAGCCAGUGAUGCAUCACUCACACUCGCAGUCCUCUCAGCAAGGAUAUAUGGUGAAUGGGACUGUUCAUCACCAUGGUCACCAUCACCAUAGCCACCAGCCUCAUGGACACCACAAGGACCAGGGGACUCACUCGGUGGCUGCCCCUCAACCAGUUCAAGGGGUGCCUGGAUCCUCUGCGUCAGUAGGCAGCGUUGUUCCUCCUGCAACCACCUCAGCCCAAUCUGGUGCUGCUGUGCAUGGUAGAAACCAGAGAGCCCCUUCAGUCCGUGCUGCAGCGGAGGCUAAUGCAGCUGGCAUAGUGAACCAACCCUUAUCUUCAGUGUCAAGCUCUACAAGUAGUUCCAGUGGAACAGGGAUUCCAGGGUCUGUGGUGGGGGCCACAGCUGUCGGAGGGAGUCUCCCUUGUACCACAGGGGCUACAGGAAACACCGUGGCAGGAAUUGCAGCUGCACAGCCUCCUCCAGCUUCCAGCACUGCUCAGAUUGCAGCUACUGCUGCUUCCACGGCCACUGCCUCUCGUUUCAGAGUGGUGAAGUUGGACUCCAGCUCAGAGCCUUUCAGGAAGGGAAGGUGGAUGUGCACAGAGUAUUAUGAGAAAGAAGCUCCUGGUGCAACCCAGUCCACAGAUGCGCCACCCACCCAUCGAGCUGUAGAGAGUGUUAUCCAGUCUGAGAAUGAAAGCACAAGUGGAAGUUCUUCCAGCAGCACGAUGAGUGGUGGAGGGGACCAUGGAGCACAGCCUGUUCAGCAGGCCUUUGCCACAGCUGCUUUGCCAGUUUCUCACCAAGGUAGUGCUCAGCCCUCCACUCAGCUUCAUACACAUCCCCAGGAUCCUGGAACACAUGUUGUUGUUCCACCUGCUGUAGCCCUGCCUAACAACCCACAGAUUAUUCCAGUUUCAGGUCUGCUGGGAACUGAAGUUCAGCCUCCCCCUGUCAGACCACAACAGCAGGUUUCUUACACCUUAGAGGGCCAAGCAAGCCAGUUACAGAGUGGAUACCCUAUGAAUCAGCAGGCAACUGUGCCUGUGAACCAGGGCUUACAGCCUGUAGAUUAUGCCCAGAUUUCACAAGGCCUCCAGGCCGCAGCUCAGCCUCAUCAGAUGCCACCAGUACAGGGCAGUGUAGCGCCUAGGGCAACCCCAGUGCCCACACAGAUACCUGGCCUAUCAGUCGGUAGUCCAGUGGCUGUUCCACAAGCUGUAUCUCCAAGGCCCCAAGUUCCAGCUCCACAGUUGGUCUUGGCACAAGGAAACACAAUAAGUCAGGCCCAGCCACCUCAAAUACCAUCAGAGCAACAACAGCAAAAUGCUGUCAGCCAGCCACCUCCGGCAUCCUCCUCAUCUACAGGCCAGACUGUACCCAGUAUACCUUCCUCUGCCAUUCAGAGCAACCUUCAACCAGGCCUUCCUCAGGCUCUUCAGCAUGGAGGAGCAGUUGCAGGCCACUCUGCUGGACUAGGCCUGACCUUACGUCACCAAGGCGUCCAGUUACCAUCAGCAGGAGGUCAUUACGGUGCAAUGGCCCCUCUGACCGCCUCCCAGCUUGAAGAUGCUGGGCGCCUGCUCUUCCAGCACCAGUCACUUCUAUCGCUGCCCCGGCUGGCUGCAGGAGGGGUGGCAGGGCUCACUGGACAGAGUGCCUCAGAGGCAGGUGCCGGUCUUGGACAAGACGGCAGCACAAGUGCAGAUGCCUGUGCCUUAGCUACAUCAGCAGGCACAGAUGAGGACAGCUCUUCGGGUGCCAGUGUGGUGGCCAUAGACAACAAAAUUGAGCAAGCCAUGGACCUAGUAAAGAGCCACCUCAUGUACGCAGUGCGUGAGGAAGUGGAGGUGCUGAAGGAGCAGAUAAAGGAGCUGAUUGAGCGGAACUCGCAGCUGGAGCAGGAGAACAACCUACUGAAAAACCUGGCCAGUCCUGAGCAGCUUGCUCAGUUCCAGGCGCAGGUGCAAACGAGCUCACCCACCUCCGGCACCCAGCCAGCGAGCCUGGCAGCACCGGCAGGCCCUCCACAGAGCCUGCCCCCCAGUCAGGGCAUGGGCCCCCCUGUCUAACUACCUCCUAAUGGAGCAGUGGAGGGUUGCUGGGCUAAAUUGUAAGCAGAAUACGACAGAGCCUGAAAUGAUACUGUGAACGCACUCAAGCAGCAAGAAUGGUAAACGCCACAAUCGCAUAAGGAUGUCUAGGAGGAUAUCCUACAAAACAUGGACAUUGCCGAUUUCUUUUGUUUGUUUGUUUUUUUGGCACAUUAAACUGUCACACACGACAUCUGCGUGCUGCUUGCCGAGAGCCAAUUCUCAAGAGCUUUACAUGCCUCAGACAAUCAAUACUGACAAAAAAACGACUGCAAGUGGACUGUACCGGGAGGAGAGGAUGGGUAAAUCUACAAAGUCUGGGCCUGAUGAAUCACACCCCGCAUGCUCAAGGGGCUUUUUUUGUUGUUCUUCAAGAAGUAUUGUUAAUAUCAGCAGUGACUGGGAAACAUGCUGUUGUUGCCACAUUAUCCCUUUUUUGUGAUGUAUGUUUUACUUUUUUGUCAUUCAUGUUUAAUUUUCUUCUUAGCUGUGUUAAAUAAAAAAAAGAACAAGCACUUUGUAGGUAACUAACAUGAAGAAAAGAAAAGUGGACCAUCUUGUCCCAGACCUUCAUCUGGAAUGGAGGUUCAACGGGGGCUUUGGGAGUCUUAGAUGAAUUAUCAGAUCUCACGUUUUGACAUUAAAUUCCUUUUUUGGGUAGCUUUCAUGGGGUUUCAACAGAUUAGCUAUGCCUCAGUGUUCAGACUUGGAUCUUGUCAUUCCUGCCCUUUUUGACUUGUUUUUCCUUAAGCAGGGAUACAAAGUGAAUUGAAUAGUGUGACAUGUGUCUGUGUUCUGGAGACCAGGGAGGGUUCGGGGAGGUCCACUAAAGUGGUAGUGAAAUUUCUAUGGCUUAUUGGUUUGUGUAAAAUAAAUGUAAGUGGACUGUAAUAUACGUAACAGGGAAGAACGGAAUGAGUUGUUAACUCUGCGGAUUGUACAGAUCAAGUACAAGCUGCAGUUUGGACUGAGCACACCGGAUUUGCCUCCGUCAUCAUGAAUCAGGAGCAGCGCACACUAUGAUAAAUUGUAUUCUGUUUCCGCAGGCUCAGAAUUCCUGAUGACUGUUGUCUUAAGUUAUUUCAAUGGAAAUCUGCAUCAUUGGAAAACUUUUUUUUUUUUUUUUGCCUUACAGUCAUGCACUCUGGAUGUACUAGCAGUUUGGCCAACACAAAUCUUAGAGGUAAUGACCCAUAAGUGUCAAACUUUCCUUGGAAUUCAUGCAUGUUCCCUCUAAAAUACACAUAUGAAAAUGUGACGUAAUACAAUUGCACUAAACAGUUGCACCUCAACUUUAAUAAAAUGGAGAAAAUUA